CCUCCUCCUCCUCCUCCUCCUCCCCUGCCUCUCCUCGACCCUCUGAUGCCAGAGGGCCGCUCCGCUCCCCGGGGGCGGCGCCAGAGAGAACCCCCCCCCCUCACCCGGCGAGACCGGGACGGCGCGGCGGCCGGCCUCCGGGCGUCCUCGGGCCGACGGACAGCAGGGCGAUCAUGAACUGGCGCAAGAGGCGCCUCCUGGACGUGCGGCGGACGAGCGUCCACGGGGGGCCCGCGGAGGGGGCCGGCGCCGGCGGCGAGACCUUCUGGGAGGAGAGGACCCAGGCGUCCGGGCCGGAGGACGAGGCGCCGCGCCGACCCCGCGGGCAGGGCUCGCUGCCGCGCCUCAAGGACGACGUGCCCGAGCCCAUGGAGACUAAGCCUCGUCGUGCGCAGGCGAUGUUGCCCUGGGACGGCAUCGAGGAGGACUGGGAGCCGGGCCGCCGGCCUCGUCCGCCGAGGGUGCCGGGGCCUCAGGGCGGGGAGUGGGGCGAGCUCGAGCGGCUCGAGGCGUCCGGCGAGCUGGGCCAGGAUGGUGACGAGCUGAUGCUGCCGGGCGCGUGAGCUCCAAGAGGCCCCGCCGGCGCCUACAGUCGGGGCCCUGAAGAAGGAGCCCCUUUCGUUGGGGAGGGGCUCCGUGUUCCUUACGUGUUUCGCAGCUUGCCUCA